AGGAUGCCGACGGGCACGGCGCCCACGGAGGUCACCUUCUGCGCCUCUUCAAGGUGGUGCUCAUCGGCUCCAUAGAUCUGGCACCAUGCUUAGCCGACCAUGGCGAGGCCAUCAAGGAGGACACCAGCCACGAUCCGUCAGAUGAUGGAGCCCACGAGCCAUUUUCACGUAAACUUCUUGAAGAUAAGCCUCGGAUCACAGAAGAAAUGGUCCGUGGAUAUAUGAGCAACACUGAGCUUGAGACUGCUGUACAUGCCUUUGGAAGUCGUUGUUCCAAUAUCUCCAGGGUGUAUAGCAUUGGAAAGAGUGUGAAUCAUUUUCCAUUGUGGGUGAUUGAAAUAUCAGACAAGCCCAGGCAAAGGGAAUCUGAACCAGCAUUCAAGUUCAUUGGAAAUGUUCAUGGUGAUGAGCCUGUUGGAAGAGAGGUUCUUAUGCAUCUUGCAAAUUGUCUGUGUGAUAACUAUCUGAAAGAUUCACUGGCAACUCUCAUUAUUGAGAACAUGCACCUUCAUAUACUUCCGAUAAUGAACCCUGAUGGGUUUGCUCUUAGAUGGCGUGGUAAUGCAAACAAUAUUGAUCUCAACAGGGAUUUUCCUGACCAAUUCUUCCCCGUUAACAACGAUAUUGACUACAGACAGCCUGAAACUAGAGCCAUUAUGAAUUGGGUAAAGCAAGAACACUUCACGGCUUCUGCUAGCUUGCAUGGGGGGGCUCUUGUUGCCAACUAUCCAUGGGAUGGAACUAGAGACACAAGCAAACACUACUACGGAUGUCCUGAUGAUAAGACAUUCCAGCACAUGGCAUCUGUGUAUAGUCGGUCUCACUAUAACAUGUCUUUGAGCAAAGAAUUUGAAGGAGGGAUAACAAAUGGAGCAUUCUGGUACCCAAUAUAUGGUGGUAUGCAGGACUGGAACUAUAUACAUGGAGGCUGCUUUGAGUUAACUCUGGAGAUUAGUGACACAAAGUGGCCAAAAGCAGAUGAGCUUCCUAUCAUCUGGGAACACAAUAGGAUGAGUAUGCUCAAUCUUCUAGCAAGCCUAAUAAAGAUUGCAAGAACGGGACUGCUAAGCAAGCUAAGAUUUCAAUGGCCUAUUCCUUCAUACAUAGGCCAUUGAGCGACGAGGAACGCCGCGUCAGCACUCCCGUGGUGGUCACUUGCAAUGACCAGAGACGGGAGGUCUCCGUUGCCCAGAACAUCGCUAACAAGGAAAUUGACCGCACCGUUGCAUUCGACAAGGAGGUGCAGGAGGCCACAAGGCAGCAGCUCGAGAGGGAGCUCUCCCUGGAGGAUCUCAAUAGCAUCCAUGACCUCCCUGCCUGCAACCUUUUGUACAAAUAGUACUAAUGGUAGUUAGAUUACUGUGAUGUAGUCAAAAGGAAAAUUGUAUGAUGAUCAGGUUGCAUCAUAACCAGAAUCAUCAAUCAGCCUGUAAAAAGAGAAUAUGUUAAAAUUGUAUUAAGAUGAACUGACUACUGUUGAGGUCAAAAGGUUGUGUUUUGCGGUCAUGUGAAGAAGGAGGAGGCGCUUUUUGACUGGAUCCGCCCGGGAGCAUACAUAAGACAACUGCUAGCUUCCGAUCCAAUGGAAUGAAUGAUCACUAAGCAGACCCUUUUGAGGCUGGUGGAUUGUGUAGAUUUAAUAUGCAAAAAAAGAUAAGAGACAUGUA